AAAAGGAAACGAAGUGGGACCCAUAACUAAGGAGCCAUAACUCCUUAAAACAGAGAAGUAAGAAGAAGCAGAAGAAACUCUCAGAUCGAAGAAGAUUUCGAAAGACCUUUGGGUACAAUCCUCUCUUUUAGGGUUUUGGAAGAGAAAUAGGUCGAGAAUGGUUGCAAAUGGUGCAGCUCCUCCAAGAGGCAGUGCUGCGGCGGCUGCCAGCUUGCGUCGGCGGAGGUCAACUGGUGGUGAAACUGCAUCAGGGGCCAACGGCACAAUGCUCCAGUUUUACACUCAUGAUGCUCCAGGGCUUAAGAUUUCUCCUAACGUUGUGCUUAUCAUGAGCAUUGGAUUCAUAGCUUUUGUUGCCCUUUUGCAUGUCAUAGGUAAGUUGUAUUUGGUGCCUAGGGAAGCUGGGAGGUCUUAAACUCUUCGACAGGAAAAUUUAGUAGUUAUGUCAUGACUUUUGGAACUCUCAAAACAAUAAAUUCAACAAUGUGGUCAUAAUUAUAUGGA